AUGGACGGUUUUUAUCGCCUGUUCUGCGGAUGCUGUGGACUUGGAGCCGAGCCGGAGCCACCAUACUCACAACUCCGCCACGAUUCUGUGACGCCCGUUCGUGACCCACCACUUCAACAAAACAAUCGACAAGGUGUAACCAACGGACACAAUAAUCAUCAGCAACAACCACAACUGCCUCAAGACCUAUUCCAGCAGCACGGAUUUGUCAAUCCGGUUCACGACUUAAGUCUCGACGCUACGGAUGGUCCAAAUUAUGGGGACCAGCAUCAAUAUUCUGAUUCCGCAUCGCCAAAAUCUGGAGUGUUGGACGAAGAAAUUGUGGAAGAUGAGAAUCGCGAACGGGAGCAGCUUGACAACAUUGUUGAGAGCACUCAACAUAGCAUCAUCGCCGUGGGCCAAACCGACGUGGAUGGAGUUAUUAUGAUGGAUACACAGCAUCGUGAGAAGGCGUACAAGCUGAAAGUGCAGAAAAUGGCUCUUGCUCAACCAUCUGUUCAUACUCCAACACCGCAAAUGUACGAAUUCGAGAUCGAGCCAACACAGACGCCGGUGCAAGUACCAUUGCGAUACGAUGAGCUUUCCGCCACAAUAGAUCCAUCGCCGAUCGAACGGAUGCCAUUCUCGUGUCCAGACUUCAAUCAGUUGAGACUUGCCAGACCGAUGGGAGCGAAAAACCACCAAUUCCUCGUCGAGCACCCAGAUAUGAAGGCUGCUGGCCGAUCUCCAGGAAUCACUCACUCUAUGAAGACCAAGGUCACCGAAGUUCUCGACGAAAUUCAUCAGGGUGUGGCCGCUGUUGAAGUGGAGCCGCGUGACUUGAUUGUCAGCAUGGACUUCUAA